GUGCUUCGAAAAUCGUUACUUGGACUUCAAGAAAACACUCUGGUAGUGGAGUUGGCAUUUCCGGUUGGUUCUGAGAAUGCGAGUGGAAAUAAACAAGUUCUUGUAGCGCGACUUGAGUUGUUUAUCGAUAAAAACGCAAACAAUUUUGCCAAGAAGGUACGCCGAUUUCGUCGUCGACCACAGAAAACAGCUCCCCGUUUCUCCAGCUCUCAGUUAAUAGCUAAGGUUAGAGAAAAUGGUCCCGUAGGAACAAGCGUUAUUACGAUUCAAGCACAAGAUACGAACAAUGGGUACGCUGGGAAAAUUAAAUACUCCAUGGAAGCGUCCCAGAAUUUACUCAGUCAGUCGUUCUUUGGGAUCGAUCCUAACACGGGAUUAAUAAAAACUUCAGCUUCUUUAGAUCGUGAAAAGAUGCCGACGCACUAUUUUCGUAUCAAAGCCGAAUACGAACAAGAAAGAUCGUUGUAUGCUGAAGCAGAUCUGACCAUCUAUGUCGAUGAUGUAAACGACAACGCGCCGAACUUCGAAUCAUCCUCCUACAGCAAAGUCAUACCAGAGGAUAUUUUUAUCGGAGAAACGGUCCUUGAUGUGCGGGCACGCGAUUUAGAUACAGGUUCCAAUGCAGAUAUCCGUUACAACAUCAUUAAUAAUAGUGGUGUAAACAGUGCAUUUGCAAUUGGUCAAAGUAGUGGUUCAAUAACUGUAGACAAACAUCUGGAUCGAGAAACUGUACAGCAAUACUCCCUUACUGUCCAGGCAAGUGAUAGUGCAUCCCCUCCUAAAACAGACCAGGCCACUGUGCGAAUUACUGUUACUGAUGUCAAUGACUGUGUUCCUCAGUUUUUAAAGAGAGAAUACUCCAAAAAGAUUCCUGAAAACAUCAAAACAGGGGAGCUAGUUUUGACUGUAAGUGCAUCAGAUGAGGACCUUGGCACCAAUGGUGAAGUCACCUACAGUUUUAGCAGUGGUAAUGACCAGGAACUUUUUUCUAUCAAUCAUCUUAAUGGUCAGAUCAAAGUAAACAAGAAACUUGAUUAUGAGUACAUUCCAGUGCAUACACUUUUUGUGAUGGCUCAAGACAAAGGUGAAUCGCCAAAUUACAACGAAACCUCAGUGGAGAUAUACCUUAUUGAUGUCAAUGACAAUGCACCUCAGUUUGUGAAUUCUGAUUUUCAAGAAAUGGUCUCGGAACGUGAGAGUGUAGGACACACCUUUACUCGUGUUACUGCAUUUGACGCAGAUGAUGGUACAAACCAACAGAUCAUUUACAGUUUAGUGGAGUCCAAUUUACCAUUUGGUAUUAACAGCCAAACUGGGGACUUGUACCUUACCAGAAAAUUAGACAGAGAGACAGUGAAUCAAUAUGUAUUUCACGUCAAGGCUGAAGAUAAGGGCAGGCCCCCUAUGAGCAGCCAAACUAAAGUGACUGUCAAUGUGGGAGACAUAAAUGACAAUCCU